UCAAGCCCCCUUUCCUUCCCUGCUUCGCUCUCUCCUUUCUUCUCUCCCCCCCACCAUUUCAACAACCCACCUCAAUCUUCCACCGACUGACCGGAGAAAGCGGUUAUGGAUCCAGUCUCAGAAUGGGGCAACACGCCGCUCUCCGUCAUGGACCCGGAGAUCCACGAUCUCAUUGAGAAGGAGAAGCGCCGCCAGUGCCGGGGAAUCGAGCUGAUCGCCUCCGAGAAUUUCACCUCCUUCGCCGUCAUCGAGGCCCUCGGCAGCGCCCUCACCAACAAGUACUCCGAGGGAAUGCCCGGUAACCGCUACUACGGCGGCAACGAAUACAUCGACCAAAUCGAGAACCUCACCCGCAGUCGCGCCCUCCAGGCCUACCGCCUCGAUCCCGCCAAGUGGGGCGUCAACGUGCAGCCCUACUCCGGCAGCCCGGCCAACUUUGCCGCCUAUACGGCCGUCCUCAACCCCCAUGAUCGGAUCAUGGGGUUGGAUUUGCCGUCCGGUGGGCAUCUGACUCACGGCUACUAUACCUCAGGCGGGAAGAAGAUCUCGGCCACCUCGAUUUACUUCGAGAGCUUGCCGUACAAGGUGGAUGCCAGCACCGGCUACAUCGAUUACGACAAAUUGGAAGAGAAAGCAUUGGAUUUCAGGCCCAAGCUGAUCAUCUGUGGUGGCAGCGCCUACCCUAGAGAUUGGGAUUACAAGAGAUUCAGAGAUGUAGCAGACAAAUGCGGGGCGCUUUUGCUCUGCGACAUGGCUCACAUCAGUGGUCUUGUUGCUGCUCAGGAAGCUGCUGAUCCUUUUGAGUACUGUGAUCUGGUCACAACCACAACCCACAAGAGCUUGAGAGGCCCUAGGGCAGGGAUGAUCUUUUACCGCAAGGGCCCAAAGCCUCCAAAGAAGGGACAACCAGAGGAUGCAGUGUAUGAGUUUGAAGACAAGAUCAACUUUGCUGUUUUCCCAUCACUGCAGGGUGGCCCCCACAACCACCAAAUUGGGGCAUUGGCUGUUGCCCUCAAACAGGCCAUGUGUCCUGGCUUCAAGGCCUAUGCUAAGCAAGUUAGGGCCAAUGCAGUCGCAAUUGGCAACUACUUGAUGAGCAAAGGGUACAAGCUUGUCACUGGUGGAACCGAGAACCACCUUGUUCUAUGGGACCUUCGCCCUCUCGGUUUGACUGGUAACAAGUAUGAGAAGCUUUGUGACUUGUGCAACAUUACCGUGAACAAGAAUGCCGUGUUUGGUGAUAGUAGUGCUCUUGCCCCGGGAGGAGUUCGCAUUGGUACCCCUGCUAUGACAUCGAGGGGUUUGGUCGAGAAGGACUUUGAGCAGAUCGGUGAAUUCCUCCACAGGGCAGUGAACAUCACACUGAGUGUCCAAAAGGAGCAUGGCAAACUCUUGAAGGACUUCAACAAGGGCCUUGUCAACAACAAGGAAAUCGAAGAGCUCAAGGCUGAUGUCGAGAAGUUCUCCUCCUCCUUCGACAUGCCUGGCUUCAAAAUUUCUGAAAUGAAGUACAAGGACUAAGCAAAAUCACCCCACCUCCCCUUUUUUUUCCGUUCACAACGCCUUCUUAUUCAUUUCUUUAAACAAAUUCCAUUUCCUUGUGAGUUUAGUUCAACAUAUGCUGAAAAAGAAUAAUGAUCAUACUUUGUACCCUCUCAAAUUGGUGUUUAGAUUAGCUUUUUAUUUGCGUUGGAAGUUGUAAGUGGUCUGAAACAUACAAAGCUUUGGGGUGAUUGCCAUCUCAAAUGCUUUUGUAACUCUGGUUUUUUUGUGUGUUUUAUUUACCGAGUUCUUUUAAAGAGUGCAUCUAAACACUAUGUCCCCAUUUUCAUCAGAUGUUUCUCUACUUUAUAUAGUAACAAGAGUUUUAUUUCCAGUUUAACGAUGAAAAAACUACUUUCGAACUUUAGUGAGGUGACCUGUUCAUGGG